UGGCAGUGCUGCCUUGAAGUAAAAAUGCAAUGCCAGUGUGAUCUAGCCUUUGCUGUGUGAGUGGAUGCACAGAACUGUCUGAGGAAAUGGCCUGGUUAUCUACAUAUCUCACACAGGCUGUAAAAAGCACUGGCUCAUGACAGCUGGUCCAACUGGUUUGACGAGAGAGAAGAAAAAAGGGAGGGCUGGAGGCAGCAAGGAGGAGGUUUCAGAGGAGGCAGUGCUGUGUUACAAUUCAACAACAAGAUAUGAGAGGAAGGAUACUAACAGAAGAGGAGAGCAGGGACUGCAGCAAGACAAAAACAUUUGAGAGUUUUUGAGUUAAGUUUUAGUUGUUUUUUUUAGUAAUGAAGUUUGGAGAUGUGCAGGUUUUUACUGCACUAACACACAGAUUAUUUUACUGGUCAGAUCAUCUCUGACGACGUGAUCCGACGUUCAUCUACCUCAGCAGCUCCAGUUGGGAAACUGGGAAUCGGAUUCCAGCUGGCACUCUACCUCUAACAUCAUCUCUCCAACAUGAGUGAUGACAGGGAGAGACACAGGCCCCAAGGGAGCCGGAGCCAGAGUCAAGGAGCCACACAGGCCCCCAACGUCAAACCAAAACUCAACCAGAAAGAGAGGAACAGCAAGGAGGACCAGUGGAAGAGGGAGAAGCCUGCAAAAGUGAGGCGAUCUAGGAGUACCGACUCUGAGAGAGUGGAAAGAGGGAGGAGGAGAGAAAGAGACAGGUAUGGGGGAGAGAGGAGGCAGCGCGGGAGGAGCGAGGAGGCCCGGAGGCGAGACAGGAAAGAAGGGGAGAGCGACCAGAGGAAGGUGAAGCCCCCUGAAGAUGAUGUGGAGGACACUGAGUGCGCUGUGUGCUUCUGCUCCUACGAUAACGUCUUCAAGACCCCGAAGCUGCUGGCGUGCGGGCACACCUUCUGUCUGGAGUGUCUCGCUCGCAUCAACGUGACCUCACCUGAGCUCAAGACCCUGACCUGCCCUGUGUGCCGUGAGCUGACUGAGCUCCCCCAUGGCCAGGACCUGCCCCGGCUGGGCAACAAUCAGGACAUCAUAGGCAAACUCCCACCAGAGAUGCAGAGGGCGCUGUCCAUUCGCUUCAAGCGCAGCAAGGGCAAACUGGUCCUGAAGAAUCCUCCUCCCACCAGCCCCACCAAGCCUAGUAUCCUCACCCUGCCUAAAAAGAGUCAGGAUCCCCAGGUGACAGCAGGUGGUGACCUCCACUUGAGUGCAAUGGAGCAGGGAGUAGCGCCAACCACCGUGGUGGACGUCGGCAGGCCUCCAAACAGGGUAAGAGGCCGCCUGCGCAGGCUGUUCCGCUCAGACCAGUGCUACUACGCUGUGGUGGCGUCCAUCAUCACCAUCACCGUGGCGCUCAUGCUGGUGGGUAUUCUGGCUUUUGUGAUCAUACCUAACGUGGCCAUUCGCCCACCACCUGCUCAUCAUGGGAACCAAACGUUGAUCAAUUCACCAGAAAGUGAGAAUGAACCCUGAAGGGGCGGAGAAGGAACGGGCUGUAGACAUGAGACAUAGUGGAGGGAGAGAAUAUCACACAAAAACUUGUUGUGAUUCUCAAUGAUCCUCUUGCCUUCCUUUUUUCCUCUUGGUGAGUAAUGGUGAAGGAAGUACUAAGCACUGGGACACAUUCAAGCUGGUUCUCAUGCAGUGAAGUAAAGAAAUGAAGGGAAAAUGAGGACAGCAACAUUUUUUAAACAGAGAACAGACAGGAUUAAAGUUGCACAUGAAGGAAACAAAACAAACUGCAUGUUGUUUUUUGUUUUUUUACCUUUGUGUUAUUUCCUGAACAUUUUAUUACUGUGAAAGCCAGAAAUACACUCUGUGUGAGGAAACUGCUCAUGAUGAUUAAUAAGCUGUAAAUGUUGAAAUGCACUAAACUCUGAUGGAAGUCAUGAGUAUCUUUUGAUUGCAUCAGACUGAGCUCAAUAGCCAGUUCAGGGUUUCUAGUUCUUACAAAUUUUGUGUAUAGACCAGCUCAUUGUACAUAGCCAUAGAUGAUUUAUAUAUUUGCAAGUAUUUUCUCUUUUCCCUCAUAAGAAUUGACUUUAUUCCCCAUCGGAUCAUCAAAUAAAGCCUUUUAUCAGACACUGAAAACUCGCUGCUCAGUAUUUCCAAAACACAUUAUGACAAUUCUAUUUCUAUAAACUAAUCUGGGUUUUUCAUAUAUUAUUUUGAAAUUAUACAAUGGGUGUUCUAUUUUUAACUUCUCUGAGUUAUUUAUAUAUCAGUGUUUGUGGUAUGCAGAGGACCUCCUGUCCAUUCUCCUGUAGUUUGUCCCCCACGGAGUCAAAACAGGUCUCAGACUGGCAUGGCUUCUUUAGACACCUGAUACCCUCUAGUGGUGUAAACAGUAGUUAUUAACAGGGUGGCUUCCUCUCUGCUUUGAGGCUGGCAAACCUGUUUGACAGCAUCAGGAGUGUCUUUACCGUCUUUUUUUUUUUUCUUCUUUUCUGGCUCACUCAGGGAGUCAUGUUGUAUAUUUUGACAAUGAGAUGAGACGUGAUCACUUGCAAAAUGCCAGCCAACACUUUAAUGUGGGCAAGACAAAACAUGUUACAAAUGUCAUGACAGUCUACAACAAACUCUGCAGGAGUGACAGAAGAGAAAAUGGGCCCAGUCAGAUUUUAAGUCUGUCUGACAUUUUAGGCCAAAUGUUACAACUCAGCAUUCAGCAGCUGACUUAAACGCAAGCUAAAAAAAUGUGUCGGAGUGACAUAUGGAAAAACAAAGAGCCAGUAUGCAGCAAUAACUUAACUUAACAAUAACUAAAAUACAGACUAUUACACUACACUACACUACACUACACCUGCAUGCCCGCCGAAGAAAGUAGAGAAGGAUAACUAAGUACAUUUACUCAAGUACAGUUUUCAGGUACUUUACAUUAUUACAUUAUUUGACUAUUUCCUUUUUAGACCACAUAAUACUUGUAAUCUACUACAUUUUAGACUGGAAUGUUAUACCUUACUCUGUUUAUCUGACAGCUGGAGUUCAUUUGGAUUUUACAUAAAAUAAGUACUCUGAUCUUUUACUUAAGUUAAAGGACCAAUACCACAGUGUAAAAAUACUCCAUUACAAUUAGAAGUCCUGCAUUUGUAAAAGUAAAAAACAAACAAAAAAUGUUGUCACAUGCAAAAUCAUUCCACAGUGAGUUGGUCCCCGCAAACAAAAUGUUAUUAUAUAGUGUUAACAAUCCAAUCAUGAAAUAUAUAAUAAUAUUUCAUGAUUGGAUUGUUAACACUGGUACAUCAAAAAAAUAAGCAGUAUUUUACUGUUAUAUUUAAUGUAGCUUGUUUUAACUACUUUAAAUAUAGUUAGGCAGUUUAGUCCAGUGGGUCUCAGCCUAGGGGGUCUGGCCUCUCCGAAGGCUCAGAGGUCAGUGGUCCAGAAAGAAGAAAUGACAAAGUUCUGCAACACAAAGUGUAUCUUUGCUUUUUUGUGAAAUAUUGGGGCUGUUGAUCUCUUUAGGCCUUGAACAGUUAUUUAAAUGAAACCACGUUAGGAGAAACUGUCAUGACAAGCCAAGGGCCCCACCUAGACACUAACUGUCGGCUGUUGGGUUGCAAAUCACUGGUUUCAGUUUUGACAGUCUGUUUAUUUACAAGAAAAUUGUAGGUUGCUUAGAGGUCAAAUCUGAAAAGACACCAGUUAAGUGAAGUAAAAAGUAAACAUUACCCUCUGAAUUGAGCAGUAUGAGACAACAGCAGAAAUUAACAUUUUGAAAAGUUAAGUACAAGUACCUCAAAGCUGAAGGUUACAGUAAUCUACUUGAGCACGUGACCAUAGUUAAGCUCCAUCACAUUUACACAACACGAUGAAAAAUGUUACUAUUCAAAAGUACAGUCUAAAGUUACUCCACCAUGGCCAACUACAGCAUUUAAAUGCUACUUGACAUAUACAUCAAUAAUAACCCAAUUACGCAAUGCAGCAGCAGUAACCACAUGUUACACUCAAAGAGGUCAUCCUGUAUAAGUACUUUUGCUUGUGAUACCUCAAUACAUUUUGCUGAUAAUACUUUUGUACUUGAAUGCAGGGCUUUUACUUGUAUUUUUUAUCACUUAUGAGUACUUUUUCCACCAUAGCCUAAAGACACACCCCCAUGAGCCUCCCUUUGGCACUAUCGAGGCAAAUAUGGUCCUGUGGACCAGACCAGAAAAGACCCCCCCUCCUCUUCUUACGCAAAUUAACCUUUAUACGUUAUGUGCCAGCUUGGAUAGAGUUUGAACUUUAGAAACUUUAAAACGACAAAAUCCCCAAAACAGAAGAGGGGUCUGUUGUGGAUAUUAUUAUACCACCAUGGCUUCCACUCCCUCCGCCUCUGCUCUGUCUGCUGUUCUCCGGUGUCGGGGAAAUAUCUGGACCAGGAAUCCGCCGACCAAGCGGCCUGCCACAUCGGGGUACAGCCUCGGACUGGCCGGCGGGACGCUGCGCGAUUCGCCAGCUGAGCGCAACCGGUCAAACCAGGUGUCAGCGUGGGAGGCUUUUCUACAAGGAGAGCGUGUUGUGAUGGCAGGAGGACUGACGGUGGCGUAUAAGUCGCCCCAGGUGGAUGGUGGAUCGUUGAGAAAAAAAGAUUCAAGGGAAAUUAAUAAAUCACAUUAUCCGAAACUUUCGUACUCCCUAGGGGGCGCGCACUCAGCUGCGCCUGGCGUCCAGAACGCGCUGGUGCGUCAGCUGGCGCACCGACUGACAUGUAACCUGCCUGGACUAGAUACAUGCUCUAAAAUGAUCCAAGUGAUUAAAUUUGAAACAUAUGCUGCUGAUAUCUGUAAAAUAGUAUUUGUUAAGGAAGUCGGUGAAUUCCCGGCUGGUGUUUUGAAAGUGUCCGUAACGUCCUCAUGUUUUAUGGAAAAUGCAGGACAAUUAUCGUCUAUCGUCUUGACAGGCUGGUCAACGCUGAAGAGAACCUGCUUAUCUUUGAGAGCUCUGGUGUCACAAUUUAUGUUUUUAAGGCUGGCGGUGUUGUGGAAGUCCAGCCCUGAUGAUGGGCCACAGCAUCAGGAUCAGAAAAUAAUCAAAAACGAUGCCCUGCAGGCAAAUGGCCAGAUCAGCCCCACUGCCCUCACCUCCUCCAGGGACAACUCCUGCUGUGGACAGAAGAUCACUGAGGACAGACCUGACUGAGACAGAGUCCAAGGCCUCAGCACCAAAACUACACACUGUGAUCCAACCUUAUUUAUUGAUUUUUACCAGGCUUUCACAAUAUGCAACAUUUGGACUUCAACCCAGUGAUACAAGAAAACAGCUGGUUGUUUUUUUUAGGUCAGGCUAUUUCUUUUUGCUUCAGUACUAAAGGAAAAGUAAGCGAUAUCCUAUUGUAACAAGUCAAGUCCUACAUUUUUACAUUUUACCUGGUGGGUAGUUCAAAUAAUAGCAGUGCAUUUUAUUUUUGAGCUUACCCUGCAUGUUUUGCACAAAAACUUAUUUAGCAAAUGCUUCAGAGUAAAAUGUCUCUUUGGAGGGGUAUAAAAUCUCACAAUGGUAAUAUUCAAAUCAAGUCUGAGUAAAAACUGUAUACUGUAGAUGUGAUGGAAUAACUGAAAGAUUUGUAUUUGUUCUUUCACUUGUGUCCUGAAGGUCUUACUGGAAUAAAACUGUGACGCCUCACAAAUAUUCAGUGUCAGUUUAAGGCCACUGACAUUUAUAUUUUACUUACAGUUUAAAGGAUGUAAGAUUGAAAGUUGUGAUUGCUAUCACUGAGUAAAAGUUCUCUUAUCAAGCUAAA